ACCUCGAGUGCAAAUUUCUCCUCAAUUUUCCCCUAAUAUUGCUCCCUUCGUCACGAUCGAGGGCUAGGGUUUUGCGAUUUCUGAAACCCUAAUCCAAAUCCCCACUUGUAUUCGAUUGCUAUCGAAUCUAGGGUUUGAACUAGUCUAAAGUCGAAGUUAGGGUUAGGUUUUCCUUUGUAUCUUCGAAAUGGGAGGAAGAACUGUGGUCUCCGAUGACGAAGACGAGAUUGAAGAGGAAGAGGACGGUCGAGAAGAGAAAGAAGCCGUCGAGGUCGAUGAGAGAGAUGACGAAGACGAUGAUGAAGAAGAUGAAGAGGGUCAAGAUGAAUAUGAGAAAGAUGACUUCAUAGUGGAUGAUGAAGAAGAAGUGGAGGAAGAUGAAGAAGAUGGGAAGAAGGAUGAUAGUGACGGAGAGAGACAUAGGAAAAAGAAGAAGAAGAAAAGAGAGUCGGAGAGAAACUACGAGCUUGAUGAAGAUGAUUAUGAGUUGCUUGAGGAUAAUAAUAUAACUGGUUUUCAUCGGCCAAAACCCGGAAGCAAGUUUAAGCGCUUGAAGAAGGCAGGAAGAGGUGCUGAGGGAGAGGAGAGGCCUGGGUUUUCUGAUGAAGAAGAAUUCGAUAAGUACAACCAUGGUGGCCAGAGGACAGCUGAGGAAAAACUUAAACGCAGUUUGUUUGGUGAUGAUGAAGGCGUACCACUGGAGGAUAUUGCUGAAGAACAGGAGCAACAGGAAGAGGAGGAUGAAGAGAUUGGUGAAGAUGAUGAGAUGGCUGACUUUAUCGUUGAUGAGGAAGAUGUUGAUGAAGAUGGUGCAGUUGUGAGGAAGAAGAAGAUCAAGAAAAGGAAAGUGCGACAAGCACCGGGCGUUUCAUCAAGUGCACUUCAGGAAGCUCAUGAAAUAUUUGGGGAUGUUGACGAGCUCUUGAUGCUGCGCAAGCAAGGCAUUGCAAGGGCUGCUAGUGAUGCUGGUGGUCUUGGGGAGAAGAGGUUGGAAGAUGAGUUUGAGCCUUUCAUUCUUUCGGAGAAGUACAUGACACAUAAGGAUGAUAAAAUCAGGGAGACAGAUGUUCCCGAGAGGAUUCAGUUGUCCGAAGAAGUUACCGGGUCUCCUCUAAUAGAUGAUACAAGUAUAGAAGAGGAGAGUGAAUGGAUACACAACCAGUUACUUGCUGCUGCUGCCAUUCCACCUCAAGUUGCAGAAAUGCAGGCGAUCAAAGAGAAAGAAAUUGAUAAAGAUGACAUUGGACGUGUCUUGACAAUGAUGCAUGGGCAGAAAUUAGAUCUUCCUUUCAUUGCCAUGUAUCGGAAGGAGCUAUGCCUUAGUCUGUUGAAGGAUUCAGAUGAGUCGUCAGUGGGUGGAGAAGAAACACCUAGAAUACAGUGGCAUAAGUUGCUCUGGACUGUUCAUAAUUUGGACAAAAAGUGGUUACUCCUUCAGAAGAGGAAGAUUGCUCUCCAGAUGUAUUACAACAAGCGAUUUGAUGAGGAAGCUCGAAGAAUAGAUGAUGAAUCGAGACUUGAAUUGAAUCAGAAAAUUUUCGAGUCUAUCAUUAAGGUUCUCAAGAAUGCAAAUUCUGAAAGAGAGGUUGAUGAUGUUGAUGCCAAGUUCAAUUUGCAUUUCCCUCCUGGUGAAGUUGAGGUGGAGGAAGGGCAAUUUAAAAGGCCAAUGCGAAAAUCAUUAUAUAGUACUUGUUAUAAGGCUGGACUGUGGGAAGUUGCUAACAAGUUUGGGUAUAGCUCUGAGCAACUUGGGUCACAUUUAAUGAAGGAGACAACAAGUUCGGACUUGAAAGAUGGAACUGAAACUCCUGAGGAAGUAGCUGCAAAUUUUACAUGUGCUAUGUUUGAGACUCCAGAAGAUGUGCUUAAAGGUGCUCGUUCACAGGCUGCUGUUGAGAUUGGGUGUGAACCUAAUGUUAAGAAACAUAUUCGUGGCAUAUUUAUGGACAAUGCUGUUGUCUCUACAAGCCCUACGCCAGAAGGAAAUUUGUCAAUAGAUACUCAUCAUGAGCUUGCGGGUGUGAAGUGGCUUCGUAAUAAGCCAUUAUCUAAGUUUGUAGAUGCACAAUGGUUACGGAUUCAGAAAGCUGAAGAAGAGAAGCUCCUUCAAGUUACCAUAAAAUUGCCUGAACAUGUUCAAGAAGAAUUAUUAAAUGAUGCUAAAGAAAACUAUGUAAGUGAUUAUGUUAGCAAGUCCGCACAGCUUUGGAAUGAGCAGCGUAAAAACAUACUCCAGGAUGCAUUUUUGAACAUUAUUCUGCCUUCAAUGGAAAAAGAAGCAAGAGCUCUCUUGACAGUUAGGGCAAAGAACUGGCUUGCUAUGGAGUAUGGAAGACAUUUGUGGAGUAAGGUCUCUGUUGCUCCUUAUCAGAAAAAGGAGGUUGACAAUGACACUGAGGACGAGUCAGAUUUACGUGUCAUGGCCUGCUGCUGGGGACCUGGAAAACCAGCCACUACUUUUGUUAUGUUGGAUUCAUCUGGGGAAGUUGUAGAUGUCUUGUAUGCUGGUUCUAUUAGCAGUCGAUCUCAAUCUGUUGCUGAUAAACAGCGCAAGCAACUUGACCAGCAACGUCUCUUGAAGUUUAUGACAGAUCACCAACCACAUGUUGUGUGCUUGGGAACAGCGAAUUUGUCUUGCAGACCGCUGAAAGAUGAUAUCUAUGAGGUUAUUUUUAAGAUAGUGGAAGAUCACCCUAGGGAUGUCAGCCAAGAUAUGAAUAUCAAUAUUGUAUUUGGCGAUGAAUCUUUGCCUCGACUAUAUGAGAAUUCACGAAUUUCUUCAGAUCAGCUACCUGCCCAACCAGGUAUUGUUAGGCGUGCAGUGGGUCUUGGACGGUAUCUUCAAAACCCAUUGGCAAUGAUCACCACAUUAUGUGGACCAGGAAAAGAAAUUUUGUCAUGGAAGCUGUGUCCUCUAGAGCAUUUUCUCACUGAUGAUGAAAAAUUUGAAAUGGUUGAGCAGGUAAUGGUUGAUGCUACCAAUCAGGUUGGUCUGGACAUUAAUUUAGCUGCUAGUCAUGAAUGGCUUUUUGCUCCUCUACAAUUUAUUUCUGGUCUUGGACCCCGCAAGGCUUCUGCAUUGCAAAGGGCAUUUGUCAGGGCUGGGUCCAUUAUCAACCGGAAGGAGAUUCCAAUGGGCAAAAUUCUGAGGAAGAAAGUUUUUAUUAAUGCCGUUGGGUUUUUGCGUGUUCGUCGCAGCGGGGCAGCAGCAGCUAGUAGUCAUAUCAUGGAUUUAUUGGACGACACGAGAAUUCAUCCAGAGUCAUAUGACCUGGCAAAGAAUUUGGCCAAAGAUGUUAGAGCUGAAGAUUUUGAGCACGGAGAGGAUGAAAUGGAUGACGAUGAUCUAGAAAUGGCAAUUGAACAUGUAAGAGAUAAGCCUGAAAUGCUCAAAGCGCUUGAUAUUGAUGCAUAUGAUGAAUCUUAUUUUAGAAAUCAUGGAACUAGAAAGUGGCAAACCUUUCAUCUUAUAAAGAUGGAGCUGUUACAUGGUUUUCAAGAUUGGCGUGUCCCGUUCACAGAACCAAGCCCGGAGGAGGAGUUCUGUAUGCUUUCUGGUGAAACUGAGGAUUCCUUACCAGUAGGAAAACUUGUUCAGGUUUCAGUUCGUCAAGCACAAGAUGGCCGUGUGUUUUGCAUGUUUGAUUCUGGUUUGAGAGGAUUUAUUAUGGCAGACGAUUUUUCAGACAAGGGUUACGAACCUGAGAAAGUUCAAGAAGGUGAUGUGCUUACUUGCAAGAUCAAGAAUGUCAACAAACAGAGGUUUAUUGUGUACCUGACAUGCAGAGAAAGUGAGCUAAGCAAGAGACCACUUUAUAUUCGCAAUCUUGAUCCGUACUACAAAGAAGACGAGGUUAACCGACAGAGUGAGCAGGAGAAGGCUCGGAAAGAAAAAGAACUUGCAAAGAAGAAUUUUAAGCCAAGAAUGAUUGUGCAUCCUCGCUUUCAGAACUUGACAGCUGAAGAAGCAAAACAGUACCUUGCAGAUAAGGAUGCUGGAGAGAGCAUUAUUCGUCCGAGUUCUAGAGGACCAUCAUUUUUGACUUUAACAAUAAAAAUUUUUGAUGAUGUCUAUGCUCAUAAGGACAUACUUGAAAGUGGAAAAGAUCACAAGGAUAUCACGAGCUUACUUCGUCUUGGAAAAACUUUAACAAUUGAUGAAAAGACAUUUGAAGAUCUUGAUGAGGUAAUGGAUAGAUAUGUUGAUCCGUUGGUAAGCCACCUGAAAAAUAUGCUUGGUUACCGCAAAUUCAAGAAAGGCAAAAAGUCGGAAGUUGAUGAAUUAUUAAAGGCGGAGAAGGCACAGAAUCCAAGGAGGAUAGUUUACUGUUUUGGCAUUUCUCAUGAGCAUCCGGGAACAUUUAUUUUAUCAUACAUUAGGAGCUCAAACCCUCAUCAUGAAUAUAUUGGAUUGUAUCCCAAGGGUUUUAGGUUUCGAAAGACAGACUUCGAUGACAUUGAUCGCCUUGUGUGUUUCUUCCAGAAAAAUAUUGAUAAACCGCCACCAGAUGCCCCUAUCGGAAGUGUUGCCGCAAGGGUCCCUAUGAAGAGCCCAUCAUGGGGCUCCUCUGCUGACGAUGGAUGGAGAGGUCAAACAAAUUCAGAAAGGGCGCGAUCAGGAGGAAGAUCUGAGUAUAGGAACAAUUACGGCGGUGACAAUCAGGAUGGCCAUCCAAGUGGGCUUCCUCGUCCAGGGCGGGGAGGUCGUGGGCGUGGCGGUCGUGGAAGAGGACGUGGUGGCCGGGAUUCAAGAAACGACGAUUUCGUUUCUUCGCCUAAAUGGGGCGGCGGUGGCUCAGGUCCAAGAAAUGAUGAUGGUGGUGGCUUGAGCAGCUUUCCUGGGGCCAAAGUACAAGACUCCCCUGGUACGGAGAGAUUUCCUGGCGGCUGGGCUGGUGGGGCUGGUGGUGGUGCCAGUGGCGGUUCAUGGGUCAGUGGUAGUAAUGACAAUGGUGGUGAUGGUUGGCGAGGUAGCACUGCGCGGCUGGGUGCCUAAAAAGGGUUGUGGGGAUAGCAGCGGU